CCAAAACUAUAAAAGUAUAUUAAAAGACCCGAAGAAAAUGGAUUUGGGGAUAAAUCCAAGAAAUAUGAAGUCUAGUCACGUGGGUUCAUUAUGCAAAAUGUCCUUUGUUAUACAUUCGAGAUAAAAAUAUCGCGUCGCCAUGUCGAAAUGACCGAACGACCAAAAAAUCUCAAACAUAAAAUCCUAUCGAAGCGCAUACUUGAGAAUUCAAAUACAUAUUCACCCAUUUCGGUGAUCAUAUCUCUGGCGAAUCAAAUGGAACCGGAUACCGUCCGUAUAUGUUCGAUUCGAUACCGAUCUCCGAUACCAUCGAUUCACGAUGUCACAAAAAUAAGAGUCAAGGCUGUUUUUGUUUCUCCAUUUUAUUAUAAAUAGCUGAUACAUGUAUCAUUGGAAUAUAACGUCUCGAAAUUUAUAAUCGAAUGAGCACAGUUUGUUGUAAUCUGAAAACGUCAUAAUUAGUGAUAAUAGCAAUCAAUAUAAGAGAAAUAAAACCAGGAGAGAAACUCUUAUUGAGAGUGUAGCGAGCAAGCUGUUCAUUAGUAUCAAACGCCUUGAGAGUAACCGAACUGGGAGUGGGUCGCUCGUACAUUCCAAUAAACUUUUCAGUGUUGGCAAUAAAAAAUGGUUUCGAUAUUGGUCGCCGUGACUAUUUUAUUAACGGUUUAUUUAAUUUAUAACUUUGUUAAUGGAAAACCGCCUAAUUCGCCGCCAGGACUGCCGAGACUCCCAAUUUGGGGAUCUUACUGGUUUCUUCUCUGGGGCGAUUAUUACUUCCCUUACAAAGCAAUCAGCUACUACGUCAAAAAAUAUCAAUCGAAAAUCAUUGGUCUUUACUUGGGCGAUAAUUAUACCAUAGUUGUUAACGAUUAUUUUGGUAUUAAGGAAGUUCUCAGGCGACAAGAAUUCGACGGUAGAGUGGGUGAAAUCCAUCUCGCAAAGGCGAGAGCAUUUGGACAAAAACUGGGAAUAUUUUUUAACGACGAUACUGAAUGGUUGACACAACGAAGAUUCGCACUCAGAUAUUUGCGAGACUUUGGUUUUGGUCGACGUCACGAAAAAUUCGAGAGUGUCGUUGCACAUGAAGUGCAUGUACUGAUGGAUAUUCUUAAAAAGGGACCAUCCGGUGAUUUGGAAAAGACAAUAGCAAAUAAUUCUCUAGCAUUAUUCCCGGACGUAUUAUACGCUUCAUGCUCGAAUCCUAUUUGGUUCGUGAUGACCGGAGAGAUGUACGAUCGUCAGGAUUACGAGACGUUGAGGAAAGUGUGUCGUAAGGCGAUGCUUUUCCAGAGAAAUGCUGACACUGCGGGUGGAGCGAUAACCUUGACUAGCUGGCUACGACAUUUCGGCAAUGGCUUUGGGUUCAAACGCAUAAUGGAAGGCAACUAUGCGAUGGUCGAUUUUAUUAAAAAUUUUGUGAACAAACGGAAAAAAAGUUCGCACAUGGAAGAAAAUGAGCCGGAAGGUUUCAUCGACGUGUAUCUAAACAAAUUGAAGCAAUUGGAAGGAAAAGAUGGUUUUUCGGAAAAACAACUUCUCAUCGUUUGCGUCGACGUUAUUUUUCCCGCAUUAUCGGCUGUUCCGAGCAUGUUGACUCAUAUUAUUAAAUUAAUGAUGCACCAUCCUGAAGUUAUGAAAAAAGUACAAAAUGAGAUUGACAACGUUGUUGGAAGGGACUGUUUGCCAGAAUUGAACGACAGGCACAAAUUACCGUACACCGAAGCGACGAUACGCGAGGCUCUAAGAAUGGAAACUCUGACACCGUGGAGCGUUUUCCACAGAACAACGGAAGCAACGACAUUGAUGGGUUACGACAUUCCAAAUAACACCGUGGUCAUUACGAAUCUAUCGCACAUGCAUAACGACCCGGAAUUCUGGGGCGACCCGGAGAACUUUCGACCAGAAAGAUUUUUGACAGAAGAUGGUAAAGCUUUGGCCAAGGAUUAUACGUUUGCGUUUGGAUUAGGACGAAGAGUUUGCGCCGGUGAAACCUUCGCUCGCUUCUUACUCUUCAGCCACUUUGCAGCGUUCGCCCAAAAUUUUAACUUCGAAUUUGUCGAGCAUCAACCGACUAGCCUCAAAGAUGUUUUACCCGGUUUGAUAACGACGCCGAAGGAAACGUGGAUUCGCGUCGUGUCUCGAUAACUCAUUCCGGAAGUUGGUCUUCAUUUGAGUUCAUUAUCGCGAUCGAAAAUCCUCGUCGAUCGAUUAAAAUAUUCUGAGAUUUUGUUGAUGUUAAUUCAAGCAGAAUUCAUUCGUCAUUUGCUGGGAUUCACGAGAGUCCGAGAACGUAUCUUAUCACAAGUCCAUUAACGGUGUGUCAUUUUAGCUUGAGUUUGUGUUUAUGUGUACAAUGUAACCUGGAAUUACCAUAAAGACCUAGAAAAAAUCGAAAAUAUUAUUGUCGAAUAUAAACAAAA